ACACGAGACUCUGCCCCAAGAAAAAGCCAACCCUCCACACGCGGCGAAGAAGAGAAAGCAAAGCCAACAAACAAAACAAAGAAAGAGAGAACGAACGAAAGAGCAGAAUAAGGCGUCUCUCCCUUGGACUGAUUCGUUUCAAUCGCAUCUCUCCCCUCUUAAAUUUCUCUCCCUCUCUCUACUCUCUCUCUCUCUCUCUCUCUCUCUCUCUCUCUCUCUCUCUAUAUCAAGAUAUAUAUAUAUAUAUAUAUAAAUUCACAACAACAAAGCACAAGGAAGGAAGGAAGCCAGAGAAGAAAAGAUAAGGCAGGGCAUAUGAAUGGAAAAAAAAAAGUUAGGUGAAGAACAAAGAAUAUGAUUAUGAUGAUGACAAGGAAGACUAGUAUUAUUUCUUGAUCAUCAACAAGGGGCUUGUUUUGUGGUGGCAUAUCAAGUUUCUCUUCUAUAGUGCCUGCCUGCGAUACGCCUUGGCUUCUGGUUCAUGCUUCUUUUGUGUUAGGCCUUCACAUUGCUCCAUAUCCUCCCCUUAUUUUGCUCAUCUUUGGCACAUAAACAACCUCCCAGUUAAGGCCUCUCACUUUUUGAUUAAUUCCUCGCAUCUCCAUUAAUGGCCGUCCAAGCUCAAUACCCCUCAAACGUCCUUCUCUUAAACAGAAACGAACAAGAACCGAAUGAUUAUUCAUUGCAACCGCAGCCAGGAGGAUUUCUUGAUCAAUCUCACAUGUUUUUCAACAAUGGAGCAACUAAUCCACGCAAAAGAGAGAGAGAAGUAGCAACACCCAGUACUGGGAUCACGGCACCGAUCAACACAUACACUAUGCAACAACAAACCCAACCUCUUCGGUUAAUCGACCUCUCACAGCUUCACAAUCACCCACAACAAAAUAUUGUCUCCACUGGCCUCCGCUUAUCUUCUGGUGACCAACGACAGCAACAGCUACAACAAAAUCACCAUUACCAACAACAGCACCAGCAGCAACAACAGAAUUUCGCAUGUCAAUCACCUGGCGGCGGCUUAUUGUCUUCAGUAUCAGAAGAUUUGGCAAUGCAAAUCAAACGACAGCGAGACGAAAUAGACCAAUUUUUGCAAGCCCAGGGAGAGCAACUGAGGCGCACAUUAGCCGAGAAACAGCAGAGGCACUACCGUGAGCUGCUGGGCGCGGCAGAGGAAUCCAUAACCAGGAGACUGAGAGAGAAGGAGGGCGAAGUGGAGAAGGCCGCGCGUAGGAACGCCGAGUUGGAGGCACGCGCAACGCAACUUAGCGUUGAGGCUCAGGUUUGGCAGGCAAAGGCUAGGGCACAGGAGGCCACGGCGGCAUCUUUGCAGGCGCAGCUUCAGCAAGCGAUAAUAAGCGGGGGAGUCACUCCGGAUAGCAAGAGAGGGGAGGACGGGACGGGAUGCGCUGUGGGCGUGGAGGGCAAGGCGGAGGACGCCGAGUCGGCUUACAUAGACCCGGAACGAGUCACCGUGUCCGGCCCGAGUUGCAAGGCGUGCCGAAAACGAAUCGCGUCGGUAGUGCUGCUGCCGUGUCGGCACCUUUGUCUCUGUACAGAAUGCGACAAAGUGGCACAUGCUUGCCCACUUUGCCUCUCCGUGAGAAAUUCCAGUGUUGAAGUGUUUCUGUCUUAAGGCCCAAGCCCAAUGCAGGGGAGCCCAAGGCCCAGAAACCCACCAAUGACUAAACAUGCAUGGUAAAAAGAAGAAAAAAAGUAUAUAAAAAUUUGAGGGUAUUAAAUAAUAAAAUGUUUAAAAUAAAAUUUUAAUUUUAAUUUUUGGUGCUUUUAUUGGGUGAAGAUGUUGUCUAGUAGCUCAACAAUGACUCAGUUUUCUUUCUUUCUUUUCUUCAUUUUUUGGAUACCCUUUUGGAGUGAAGUAACCUAGAGGUAAUGUACAUGACCUAAUGGAUAGAGGCAUUUUCUUUU